AUGACCAUGAUGGUUUUUGGCUCACUUUUUUGCUCCACUCGUUUCAUUCCCACACCCUUUAAUAAUCCUGCUACAAACAUACUUUCUCCACGACACACUUGUGCCACUUUCAUUCCCCACAAGCAGUGCAAGAGAGAGUUUCCUCUCCCUGCAGUGGCUUCAGUCCCUUACCAACCUAUCAACUUGGACUACCUGCAAGAGGAAUUCAGUGGACAUGGAGUCACCUUUGAAGGAGCUGGUGACAGCUGCGUUGCCAAGAUGGAGCUGAAAAAUGGGAGCACUGUGACCAUGAUGCUGCCAAGUGGGUUGAUCACCUCAUACAAGGCCCUCAUGUGGCAUGGGGGCAAGAUGGAGUUGCUCCACACUGCUGUGUCAGAGGGAGAGGAUGGUGGUCCUAUCAUUCAAGGAGGGGUGUCUUUAAACUUCAAUUUUCAAACUGAUGAUGGUCAACACUCUUGGUCUCCAACUAACUGGGUUCUCCAUAAGAUUCAUGGCAAUGCUAAGAAAUCCAUUCAGGUAGAAUUAACAAACAGAACACCAGAUGACAAGAUUGGAUUGCAAUACACUGUGACUUUGGAAAACGAUGCCUUAAAUUCAGAGCUUGAAAUAUCGAACAAAAGAUCUUUACCCCUUCGAAUGACAGGGUCCAUCCUAAGUCAUCUGACACUAAGCUCACCAGAAGCAACUUAUGCAAUAGGAUUAGAAGGAUCAAGUUACUAUAACACACCCUUGCUUGAAUCUGAAUUUAUGAUGAGUCCUGAAGAUUCAGGCCAGGAAGAAGGCUUUGGAGAAACAAGUCAGAAUAAUGGAUCAGAGGGUAGUCAUCUAAAUAACGAAGAAAUAGACAACUACAAGCAAUUAAGUGAGAAGUUAAGUCUUUUGUACACAGAAGCACCGCGAAAUUUCACAGUGAUUGACAGGGGUAGAAGAAACUCAGUGUCGGUUGGCAGAAAAGGAUUUGAUGAAAUGUAUCUCUUCAGUCCUGGCUCAAGCGUGGAAAUUUACAGCAAAUGUUCUUACAUAUGUGUAGGCCAAGCUUCCAUCCUCAAACCAAUAAUUAUAAAUCCUCAAGAUGUAUGGAGGGGUGGACAAUAUGUUUACAAUCCAAAUCUUGAUGCGUAA